AUGACUUAUUUGUUUGUUGUGUUGGUUCUGGCUGGUUUCCAUGACGCUUCAGCUACUGCGAUUAACGAUUCUAUCGGUCCAGGGCCGAGAACAUUCGGUAUAAUCUACAACGACGCAGAACAACUAGACCUCGACGAUAUUCUCUCCGACUUCUAUGAUAAGAAGUUGAACGCCUCCUUGACCAAAGUGCAGCACAUCUCCGAGGACACCCUGCUCUUCCUCUCCGGGCCCAUGUCCACGGUCCUCAUGCCCUCCUGGUACUCCCUGCUGUGUGCCAUCAGUCUGCCUGUAAACCUAUGCGCGGUCAUCGCCUUUUCCAGAAGAAUCCGUCCCAAGAAACCAGCCGUCAUCUACAUGCUAAACCUUGCAUGUGCUGACUUACUUUUCACCCUUUUGCUCCCCUUUAAAAUCGUUUACCAUUUUUUAGGAAACAACUGGAUUUUCGGGCCUGCCAUGUGUCGUGUGGUGACCGCCGCCUUCUACUGGAACAUGUAUUGCUCCGUUCUGCUCAUAUGUUGCAUCAGCGUGGACCGGCUCCUGGCUGUGGUCUAUCCCAUCUACUCUCUCUCUUGGAGGAGACCGCAAACUGCCAUGAUAGCGUGCGUGACCAUGUGGCUUCUGUCGUUUGUCGGCUGUGCACCCCUCCUACUCUCGAACCAGACCAUAUACCUGCAGGCUUUAAACAUCACGACCUGUCAUGACGUCCAGCCCCUGCAGGAGCUCCAGUGGAAUUACAAAAUCUACUUCCUCACCAUCUGCUGCGCUCUCUUCUUCCUGCCCCUGAUCAUUUCUCUUGUGUCUUACUCUUGGGUCAUCUGGACGCUGAGCAGGGUUCCUCAGGGAAUACGAGGGAGUUCGCGCAAAAAGAGACGAGCCGUGGUGAUGGCUGCCACUGUGCUGGUGAUCUUUGUCCUCUGCUUCAUGCCAACCAACUGCACAAUGAUGAUACACUAUCUUCAAUUUGACGACAGUGCGCCAAGCGGCCACCAGGGGGCAGACAGCUCAUAUGCUCUGUACCUGGUGUUUCUCUGUUUGGGCAGCCUCAACUGUUGCCUGGAUCCUUUGGUCUACUACUUUGGCUCAUCCCAGUGCCAGAAGCAACUGUACAGUGUGCUGAGGUGUGAGAGGGGGUCGGCCGUCUGCAGCUCCAGCCAUUCGUCCAGUGACUCUUGCAAGUCGAGCCGUAAGUCCAUCCUCAAAAGCAGCAGGACUGAGAGUUCCAAGAUCAAUCCUUCUUCUGAAAAUGAAUCCUUUAAAGCCCAUCUCAGCAGCCAGUACAAGAAACUGUUGGUCUGA